CUGUUAUUGGCCCACUUGCCUGAUCCCUCCCAUCCAGCCCCUUUUGGCGGCGGUGGGCUUUGCCACUGGCUCUGGGGCAAUUUUUUCAGCUCUCUGGAGCUUUCUCCAAUUCACUUCACUCUUAUCCAAAGUUGAACGGCCAACUGGAGUCAGUGAGUCAGAAUGAGUCAUGGUGAUGAGGCCGUGCAUCUUGACCAGCUUGACUCAACGCCAUGAAGUCACUUGUCGGUCUUACCGCUUUAGGUCUAGUGGCCCGUGAGCUCCACCCGCCGCCGCAAAUAUACAUCUCAUCGUAUCUGCUUCCAAUGUAGUAGUUCACCAGGCUUGUCCAACUCGUCCUUCAACCACUUCACGAAAGGCACUUCAACAUGAGCAACACACAGACGGGGAGCUCUACCGGCGCUGGCUCUGCUGGUCAACGGCCAGUGUCCAAAGCCGAAGCUUCGAACCCCCGAGAGUUCCAACUGAACCAGCUAAGAAGGCGCUUCCGUCCGACAGAAACCAGCAAUGACGAUGGAACGACAUUGGCUUUUGGGAUGGCGCCUUCAGAUCCCGACUUUCCCUUUGAGAUGGACAAGCUUCACUGCAUUCUGCAUGUUCCCCGGGCGUACCCUGCUCAAGGACGGCCGUCUAUCAAAGUCACCAAUCCCGAGAUGGGCAGCGCCUUCCAGGAGAACAUCUCGAGAGGUUUCGAUGAUAUUGUCGACAGCACCAUUAGAAGCGGCAGUCGUGGGACUUUGCUCAGCUGGGUCAACAGUCUUGACCGACAUCUGGAGCGCUUGCUCACCACUACCGAACGGGGACCUACGUUGAAGUUCGUACCCAACGUGGGCAGUCAAGGGCAAGCGGAGGACCAGAAGCUGGCACAGCAUAUGAAGGCUCUAGCUGUGUCGUCUGAAAAACAGAAAGCCCCCAGUCGACAACCACCGACCGUGCAGCCUCCGGCCCCCGUAUACACUACGGAGGAGAAGGCUCAGGCGGAGAAGCGGAGAGCAGUCGAGACGAAGCAACUCGAUGCUCGUCUGGGGAGGCUGCCUUUGUUUCAAAAGUCCAGUGAUGGUCUGUCCUUUGUGAUUCCAAUUCAGCCAACUAAGCCGGAUCGUUUACCCGUUUCUCUUCGCUCUGUCAAGUCGGUGAAGCUCCAGGUACCCCGCUUGUAUCCUCUUGAGUCGAGUGUGAUUCAGUUGCAGGGCAUUGACAGCUUAGAGGGUCGAGCUGUAGAAGCCGGCUUUUCGAAGUGGGUUGAAGAGAACAGAAAGUUGAACCUGAUGUCACAAGUCAACUACUUGACGAGCAAUAUGCAUAACUUCGCCAAGACACCGCUGAAAGCUCCUGAAUCUGUUCCUGUGCCUGCGCCUGUGCUGCCUGAUGAGAGCAUACCUAGCGAGCCGGUACUCAAAGCGGAAGGGACACCAUUGGAGGAUAAGCCACAUAUUCAUGUUGUGCCGCGCCCCCCUGAGUGGACUGUGGGCGAUAACAGUAGUGGCACUGAUGAUACAGAUAUUACUGCAUCUGAGGAUGAGCUCUCUGACGAUGAUGAGGAGGGCGGUGCUCCAGUCCCAGAUCUCCCAGAACUUGUGACGACCGAGCGUGGAGUCGCCCUUUCGUUCCCUUUCCUGGAACUCUACGGGAUCGAGCUUCUGGAGCUCGUGGGUCUCUACAUCACCGUGAAAUGCGACCGAUGCAAGGAGUCCCUCGAUGUCAGAAACAUUCCGCAGAUUAAGGACAAGAGCGACGAGCUGUCCCCCAAAAUCGAGACGUGCAAAAAGUGCGCAAACACCAUGAGUCUCGGAUUCCGUCGACAACUUAUGCAUCCUAGCGCUACUCGUGCGGGUUAUCUUGACUUGGAUGGAUGUACUGUUAUAGAUCUCCUCCCUAGUAGCUUUAUCCCGACGUGCGCGGAAUGCUCUACAGGGUUUCCCGCGCCCGGUAUCGUUGCAGUUCGGGGUGAAAGUGCCAUGGCGAAUUGUCGUCAAUGUCACCGCAAGAUGGUUUUGAAAAUUCCGGAGGUCAAGUUCCUGAAAGUGGGAUCCGCAGCAUAUUCUUCUCGCUUCCGUGCUCCUGCACGAAAGAAGCCUAAGGAAGUCCUCGGUAUCGUUGCAGGUCAAGAACUACCUCGUCGUGGUCGCUGUACACAUUAUGGCAAAAGUUAUCGGUGGUUCAGAUUCAGCUGCUGUGCAAAAGUCUUUCCUUGUGAUAAAUGCCACGACGCGGCUACGGACCAUCCUAAUGAGCAUGCGAACCGCAUGAUCUGUGGCUACUGCUCGCGAGAGCAAAUCUACCGACCCGAGAAUUGCGGUAUCUGUCGCGCAGUCCUCAUUGGAAAAGCCGGAAGCGGUUUCUGGGAAGGCGGAAAAGGGACAAGGAAUAGGGUGCUGAUGAGUCGAAAGGACCCGCGCAAGUAUAAGCGCCGCGGAGGAACGGCACCGGGUGGUUCCAGCUCAAAGAAAUGAUGAGAUCUAAAAAUAUGAAAUAAAUGUAUCAUUCCCACGUGGAAUUUACAGUUGAUACCCCUGCUAAGGUCUAAUUCCGUACCGCUAUCAACCACCGCAACAAGUCCACAGACCAC